UUCUUGUCUAUGGACUGCUAUGGACUAAAUUAGAUAAAUAAAUUAGCUCGGGUAAAGUCGGUUAUUGUCGUAUCUCUAUGUUUUACGACCUUGUUCUUUUUCGUGUUUUUCGGUCGACUCUCUACCCAUUGCAUUGUCUUUUAAUUAAAUAACUAAAUAAGUGAAGAGUGGAAGAGCAGUAGGGAUUGCCAGCAAUAGGCAGUGAGGCCAGUGAGUAAUAUACACAUCAUACUCAGCACUGCUCAGCACAGUGAGAUCAAGUGAGAUCUUGUUGGGUACAGUUCAGUACACUUAGGUAUUCUUUAACAGAAAUCAUCAGUCAUUAUCUCUCUUGAUUGUGAUUUAAGUGUUAGCAAUAUCAUAAAUUUUUAACACUAUACAUUAAUUACUAUAUGAUAUGUUGGGUGUGUACUCAACGUUAUUGAAAGUUUAUUAAAUUAUUAUAUCAUUGUUUUCAGUGUCAUUAAUUUAUUUCGCUGACAUUUUUUUAAUUUUAUCUUUGUUUUUUUUAAUGGAUAAAAUAAAAUAAAAGUAGUUACCCCACUUGAAGUGUAAACCAAGAGAAAGAAUAGCUGAAACAUACGAAUAAAAAUUAAAAUUAAUCAAUCAACUUUAAUUACAAAGGUAGAAUAUUAGAUAAAAGUGCCUAUUAAAAGUGAAAAAGCGUGUGUUGCUCUUUUUACACUACACUUUUUUUUUCAUUGUUAUUAUACGUCAAUAAUACGUAAUUGAUAGAAAUUAAUAAUUAAAGUGAAAUUAUGUGGAACUCUGCAGUGGAAUUACGAAUGGCCACACGUAUCAGCUGACAUAUUGCGCCCUGCUAUAUCACACAUCAGCCUUCGCUGGAUUUAUGGUGACAGUCAUUGUGGAGAUAAAAAAUUUGGCAACAGCGCCGGGACAAGCCUUAAUUAAAGCAUUAAAUAAAUAGUCAAUCACAAAGUGAUGAUAACAACUUUUUAUUGAAACUUAUACUUUCUCAAGGCAGUGCAUAUAUAGAAAAUUGUUAACGGAACAAACAAAAUUAUCUAAUCAGCUGUUGAGUGAUAAAUAUAAAACUAAGGAAAAAAAUAUAUAAAAGAAACUUUUUUUCUUAUCUAAAUAGACGAGUAAAUAACACUAAUUAAGUUAAUUAAUAAAUAGAAUAACGAGAACAAAAAAAAAUAAAGAUGGAACGAGAAUCAAAUCCAAUGCAAGCGCUGUGUCGCAGUGGAUGUGGAUUUUAUGGUUCACCAGCAACUGAUGGUCUCUGUUCACUUUGCUUCAAAGAAAAUCUCAAGAAAAAACAACAACCCCCGGUAUCAACACCAACUGUAUCAGCAUCACAAAGUGUAUCUAGCAAUGCUGGCACUAUGCAAAGCAAUUUUAGUAAUCUGGUAUCAACUGGAAUAACAGCUCAGCCUACUAUCCCUACGAUUCCACAAUCAACAACAGAUCUGCCAAUUUCCAAAGAAGUAAAUAGGGACGAUCAAGAAAAUGAAGUUGGAGCAAGUAGUGGAGCUGCUGAAGGCUCAAUAAGCAGUGGUGAUACAGAUGACUGUUUUGAUGGUAAAGAGACUGACAAAGAAUCCAAAAAGAAGAAAAAUCGUUGUGCUCUUUGUCGUAAAAAAGUAGGAUUAACUGGAUUUGAAUGUCGUUGCGGUGGACUUUUCUGCUCUGUGCAUCGAUACAGUGACAAGCACGAUUGCAAAUUUGAUUACAGAGAAAUGGGAGCUCAAGAAAUACGGCGUAAUAAUCCAGUUGUUGUUGGUGAAAAAGUGCAAAAAAUUUGAACUAUUUUAGUGUGUAAUCGUUGGGAAAUUGGUUAUAUAACUAUGUAAACAAAAUAUUAAAAUAAAACAAAAAAAAACGAAAAUAUAAUUUAAAAAAAAAAAAAUAAAAAAAAACAAAAACGAACAAAAAAAAAAAAAAAAAAGAAUAUAUGAAGAAAAAAUAAAUAAAUCAAUAAGUAACGAGAUAAAUUGUCUGGCAGCUGAUUGCACAUCGAGAAAUGAGACAUUAACAAAAACAAAGACGAAAUAUGCAAAGAUUGAAAAAAAAAAAUGUUUAAAUAAAUAAAGUAAUUUACGUGUGUGAGUGUAUGAUUGAGUGAGUAAUAUAAAUGAAAAUGAUUUUAAGGAGCGUGUAAAACUUUUUGACACAUUAGAAAAUUAAAAUAAAAUAGAAAAUGUAAAUUAAUAUUUGAUUUUAAACAAAAAAGAUAAAAAAAUACUAUAUAAAUUUAUAUGUGUGUGAAGUUAUGAAUGAAUCUAAAACAUUGAAUGUCAGUGCCAUGUCAGAUUGUCAUCUAAUAGGAGUUGAUAGAAAUUUAAAGAAUACACAGAUAAAUAGAAACCGAUAAUGGAAAAAAAAGAACAGAAAAGAAUUGAUUACUAAGUGUUGUCAGCUUACUACUUUUACCUAUUGAUAUUCUUACAAUUAUGGUUUAUUAUUAUAAAUCUAUGUUAUGUUUAUUAAUUUACUUGAACGAAAAUAAAUUUAAAAAAAAACACGAAUUUAUUGGACAAAAACCGCUAAACGAAAACAAAACAUAUAAACUAAUAAGAAAUAAAAACAAAUCAACAAAAGAAAAUGGAAACAUCAGUGGAAAGCGUAGGUAAAGCUAGAAUAGAAAAAAAAAUACAAUUACAACAUACACUUAUAUGAAAAAAAAAUUUAAUGUUCAAGUAAUAAAUUCUUGGUGCAGUCAGUCAGUUGGAUCUUGUUUGUUAAAAAAUGUUUUUUUUUUUUUAAAAAAAAGUAAUAAGGUCUCCGUCAACAAAUGAGAAAGAGUCCGAGCGAAAAAGUAAAAUAAUUUUUUUAAUUAUUAUUAUAUUAUUAGUUCUUGUUUAUUUAUCAUUCUUAUUAUUAAGAAUAUUUUUUCAAGUAUAUAUAUGUUUUUCCUUUUUCUUUCUGUUUCUAUAUAUAUUUGAGUAAAGGGAGUGUUGUUUAGACAAUGACUGACGUUGAUGGGUGAUUUCAAUCAUAGGUUUAAUGAGUAGUUAAUAAUUACUAAGAAAUAAUGCAAUGAAAUAUAAAAAUUAGUACUGUGUGUUUAUUGUCCAGUUUCACGACGAAUAUAUCAGGCAUUAUUACUCAUUAAAAAUCAAGGAAAAACAAAACAUUCUUUUUGAAUGGUAUUACAAUUUAUCUCAUGCAUAUUUUGCUAUUUAAUUUUCUUUUUGUAUAACUGAUAGUCAAAAAUACCUUGCCAAAAUCGUUAACUCCGUAUCUCUCGUGAUAACAUACCACUGGUUCAAAGCAAAAGCUAAAAGCUAAAUAAAGAAAAAAAAGAUGUAACUAAAAAAGUAAGAAAAAGACUACUUUUUUUUUUUCUUAAAAAAAAUUUUACAGUAUUGCUUCUUGUUUUUCUUUUAUUAUAUGCCUAUACUUUUUUUUUGUCAUAAGUGUUGCGAGUUACUAUUAUUAUUAUUAUUUUAUUCAAAAAUUAUUGGCAAUGCAAUUGCUGAGUACUCAAGCUUUCCAGUCACGAGUGAUAAAACGAUGCGAG